CGUAUCGCUCGUGUUCAAGCCCGGUCGUGAGUCAACAGCUGUGCAGGUCGUUCGGCCUUAUAUUCUUUAAGUAGUUGGAUAUCAACUGAACAGGAGACAAAAUGGCAGAUAAAGCAGCAAGCGGAGUUUUAACCAAGUUGCCCCAGAAACAAAUUCAGGAGAUGAAAGAGGCCUUCUCCAUGAUUGACGUAGACAGGGAUGGUUUCGUCAGCAAAGAGGAUCUCAAAGCUAUCUCCGAACAGCUCGGCAGGACACCCGACGACAAGGAAUUGACAGCUAUGUUGAAGGAAGCUCCCGGUCCAUUGAACUUCACCAUGUUCUUGUCCAUCUUCUCAGACAAGCUCAGCGGUACCGACAGUGAAGAAACCAUCAGGAACGCAUUCGCCAUGUUUGACGAAGCAGAAACCAAGAAACUCAACAUCGAGUACAUUAAGGAUUUAUUAGAAAACAUGGGAGACAACUUCAACAAAGACGAGAUGAGGAUGACAUUCAAGGAAGCCCCUGUAGAAGGAGGAAAAUUCGACUAUGUAAAAUUCACAGCGAUGAUCAAGGGUAGUGGAGAAGACGACGCAUAAAACUGUACCAUCACUAUUCCUACAUACUAGCACUACACGAGGCGGGCUUUUCAUCCCAACAGAUCUGGCUCUUCCGGUCUUGGUGAUGACGUCAUCAUGAUGUCAGAAGAACGACUCCUUCUUCGCAAAAUGAACAGUGUACAUACCUGCUCAUUUACGGAAGAUUUACAUCUGGAGGGAUGGAAAAGACAACAUAAAAAUAGACAUAUCUAUCCUAUUUCAAAUUCGCAAGGAAAAGGCAUCCGAUAUUAUAUGAAGUUUCUCAAGCCAAAGAGUGCUAUCAUUCCAUUUCUAACACUGGUAACGAGGGGCACAGCUGUUAUACGUACUCGCUCCCGGGCCUCAUUUACAAGGAAGCGCCAGCUAGUGUCGGGUUAUCUCCCAGAACAGGUGGAGAUAACUACCAAAGAUGACUUUAAUGUUUUGUAACACCAACUAUUGCUGCGAUACCAACUUGAAUGAAGAAUAACAUCAAGGACAAAGUCGUCUUGGAAACCUCCCGAUUUCUGUUGGCUUGAGAUGCUUUAAAAUGCGAUCCGAUUCUUGGUGACAUUUCCAAAUAUAGAUUACCCAAUUUGUUUCUCUCUCUUGUAUAUACCUUUAUUACAAAAAUACGUAACUUUCAUCAACUUUAUUAUAAAUCGUCAUGCCACGCCUCUGGGAAGGGUGGACAAAAUCAUUUAGAGGAACCGCUUGCGUUCCUCGAUUCUUUUUGUGUUAUAUAAUGACUCUGUAAAUUAAUUGUAUACAAAUUUUGACCUGUCGUCUUUUCAUUCAUAAUAGAACAGAGUACAAUUUUCAAUCAUUUGUACUUGGGUAUAUAAAUAUUUAUUAUAAAUUUAUGUAUUUAUCCCAGGGGAUUAAAUAUUGUCGAAAUAGCUAA